AUGUCUCCUGAGCAGAGUGGUGGCUGCCUCUGCACCCUGGGGUUCCUCUGGCUGCUUGUGGUGGUAGAAGCAAAGACCAGAACAUACUACUUGGGAAUUGUGGAAGAGAACUGGGACUAUGCACCAUCUGGGAAAAAUCUGAUCACUGGACAAAGCCUCUUAGAGGACAAGUUUGCAAGUGUGUAUGCGACAAGAGGAGCCAACCGAAUAGGACGUGUGUACAAAAAGGCUAUUUUUAGGCAAUUCACAGAUGACACUUACUCCCAAGAGAUCCCCAAAGCAGCAUGGCUGGGAUUCCUUGGGCCAGUCCUGAAGGCAGAAGAAGAGGAUGUUUUUAUCAUCCAUCUAAAAAACUUUGCUUCCCGCCCAUACUCUGUGCAUCCACAUGGGGUCUUCUAUGACAAGGACUCUGAAGGAGCACUUUACCCUGAUGGAACCGGUGGUAAAAGCAAGGAGGACGACUUUGUUGUUCCUGGUGGAAAUUACACAUACACAUGGCCAGUAAGGAAAGAUUAUUCCCCAACUUUGGCAGACUCAAACUGCUUGACUUGGAUUUACCAUUCUCACAUUGACACACCAAGAGAUAUUGCAUCUGGUUUAAUUGGGCCUCUGCUGGUGUGUAAAAAAGGAACUGCAGAUGACACCACAAUAGAAGGGACUGGUGCUGCUAAUGCUUUUGCCCUGAUGUUUAGCAUUGUAGAUGAAAACUUCAGCUGGUACCUCGAUGAGAAUAUAAACACCUUCUGCUUAGAACCAGACACAGUGGACAAAGAGGAUGAAGGUUUCCAGACCAGCAACCGAAUGCAUGCUAUUAACGGUUAUAUUUAUGGCAAUCUCCCCGGCUUGGAGAUGUGUGCUGACACUUCCAUGUCCUGGCAUUUGUUUGGCAUGGGAAGCGAGAUAGAUAUCCAUGCUGCUUAUUUCUACGGCCACACGUUCACUAAUAGAGACCAGAGAGCAGAUGUCGUCGGCCUGUUCCCAGCAACGUUCAUCACAGCAGAGAUGACUCCCGGGAGCCCUGGGAGGUGGCUGAUAACGUGCCAGGUUAACGAGCACUUACGAGGUGGCAUGGAGGCACUAUAUGAUGUUCAGAUCUGCCAAAAAAACCUGUCUCACCCUUCACCAAUCAGUCAUAUGAGAAGAUACUAUAUUGCUGCCGAAGAAGUGCUCUGGAAUUACGGACCUGAUGGUUAUGAUAAAUUCACUGGGCAGGGUUUGAAUGCCACUGGCAGUGAAUCUGCAACUUAUUUCACACAAGGUACUGACAGAAUAGGAGGACAAUAUUGGAAAGUUCGCUAUGUGGAAUACACUGAUGCAACAUUCAGUAAGAAGACUUGGUCAGAGGACAUGAAGCACCUGGGAAUACUUGGUCCCGUUAUAAAAGCUGAAGUAGGAGAUACAGUGCUGGUUACUUUUGCCAACAAAGCCAGAAGAAGCUACAGCAUUAUGGCCCAUGGUGUAAGCUUCAGCAAGCUAUCGGAAGGUGCUCCCUACCUAGAUGGCUAUCUGAAGCCAGGAGCCCAUGUUAAGCCAGGUGAAACCUUCACCUACAAAUGGAGGGUGCCUGAACAUGGAGGUCCAACAGAGAGUGACCCGCCAUGCCUGACCUAUCUGUACUACUCAGCCACUGAUGCCGUCAAGGACACCAACUCCGGCCUCGUGGGGCCUCUGCUGGUGUGUCGGAAGAACACACUGAAUCAUGAUGGGACACAGAAAGGAAUCGAUAGAGAAUUUUACCUCCUCUUUUCAAUCUUUGAUGAGAAUGACAGCUGGUAUCUGAACAAGAAUAUUGAAGCAUUUACUGGAGACCCUUCAAAAGUAGAUGAAAAUGAUGCUAAUUUCAAGGAAUCCAACAAAAUGCACGCUAUCAACGGCUACUUGUAUGGUAAUCUUCCAGGCCUGACCAUGUGCAAGAAUGACAAGGUGUCCUGGCACCUCAUUGGGCUGGGCAGUCACUAUGACAUGCACGGGGUUCAUUUUCAAGGGAACACCAUUGACCUCAGAGGGACAACAAGGGAUGGGCUAGCCUUGUUUCCUCAUUUAUCAGGGACAGCACUGAUGCAGCCAGAUCGUGUGGGCACAUUCAAAGUGGUUUGCAGGACUUUUGAUCACUUCGUUGGUGGGAUGAAACAUCUCUACGAGGUCAGCAGCUGCCACAAUACCACCCAAGCCCAGCAGCAGUACGGAGCCAUGAGGCUUUACUACAUUGCUGCGGAGGAGGUUGAGUGGGACUAUGCCUCAAAUAAGAGCUCAGCACCAAAGAUUUACAACAUCAGCAGCAAUGAGGAAAGCUAUGGGCACAUUUUUCUGAGCCAAGCAGAAGAUCUGAUUGGUUCAAAAUACAAGAAGGUGGUUUACAGGGAGUACACAAAUGGCAACUUCACACAUCGCAAAGUGAGGACAGAAGAGGAGGAACACUUGGAAAUCCUGGGGCCAUUACUCCAUGCUGAGGUUGGUGACUCUGUACUGAUUGUAUUUAAGAACAAAGCCAGCAGACCUUAUUCAAUAAGUGCACAUGGUGUAGAAGAAGUGGGUUGUGAAGAACAGCCUGAGACACCAAUUACCCUCCCUGGCUAUACAGAAUUGGACACAUACAGUGGUCUGAUUGGGCCUCUUGUAAUUUGCAGAAAAGGAACUCUAGAUGAAAGAGGUCUAAGGAAAGACAUUGAUCGCGAAUUUACUCUUCUGUUUAUGGUGUUUGAUGAAAAUGAAUCCUGGUAUUUGAAAGCAAAUAUUGAAACAUACCUUCAUAAGAAUCCCGAUGAUUUUAAUUCCACUGAGAACUUUGUAGAAGGCAACAGCAUGCACGCAAUCAAUGGAAAGAUUUAUAACAGUCUCUUGGGUCUAACAAUGAAUGAAGGUGACAGGACAAACUGGUAUUUGAUAGGAAUGGGCAAUGAAGUGGAUGUCCAUACAGUUCACUUCCAUGCACAGACCUUCAUCUUCAAGACAGAUAAGGACCACAGAGGAGACGUAUAUGACCUUUUCCCUGGGACUUUUCAGACAGUUGAACUCGUAGCAGAAAACCCUGGAACAUGGCUUCUGCACUGCCAUGUAGCUGAUCACAUCCAUGCUGGCAUGGAGACAACCUACACCAUCAAUAAAUCAGAGUGGAAAGUUCCAUCAGAAGGAGGACUCACAACUGGAGCAUACAAUACAACUACUGCAACAAAUAGAAUCACUGAAAAGGAUGAUGACAGCAAGGGGGGCAAUUUUUUUGGCAAAACUCUGAGUCCUGGAGAAACCAGCCUGAUACUUGCAGUUUUUUUUUUCAUUGGACUUGUUCUGCUGUCAACGGCAUUAAUCUUCUUCUGCCUCGUCACCCAUCAAGGAAACAGGAUCCAUUACAUGGCUCUGCAUGACAAAAGUGCACUUCUGACAGAUUCCUUGUAA